AUGCCUACUUUGGCGGUCACAAACUUCAACAUCAUUGUCGGUGUGCUGGGAGGAUGGAUCUCAUUGUUCGGGCUGGUCUCGUUUCUCUGCAAGGAGAAGUAUUACCUAUCCGAAGCGCUGAUAUCCCUCUUGGCGGGCGUGGCCUUCUCGCCCCCGGCGGCGAAUCUGAUCAGACCGCUGGAAUACGCGGGGUCGGAGGAGAACGUCGAGAGCGUGACGCUCGCCUUCUCGCGGCUGGUGCUCGGCGUGCAGCUGGUGCUGGCCGGCGUGCAGCUGCCCAGCCGGUACCUCCGCACGCAGUGGAAGCCGAUGGCGCUGCUGGUCGGGCCCGUCAUGACCUGCAUGUGGCUCGCGACGAGCCUGCUCGUCUGGGGGCUGGUGCCGAACCUCCCGUUCCUGCACGCGCUCGCCGUCGGCGCCUGCGUGACGCCUACGGACCCGGUCUUGUCGAACGUCAUCGUCAAGGGACGGUUCGCGGACCACAAUAUCCCCAAAGAGUUGCAGAACCUCAUCAUUGCUGAGAGCGGCGCCAACGAUGGACUCGGAUACCCGUUUCUUUUCUUCAGCUUGUACUUGAUCAAAUACAUCGGCGAUGGUGGGAAGCAAGCUUCUGGCGGCGCCGGGCUGGCCAUGGGGCUGUGGUUCGGCGAGACCUGGGGCUACACCAUCAUCCUCAGCGUCAUCUACGGAGCUGUCGUUGGAUGGCUGGCCAAGAGGCUGUUGAGAUGGGCCGAGAGCCAUAAGUACGUCGACCGCGAGAGCUUUCUCGUGUUCGCCAUCUCGUUGGCUCUCUUCAUUGUUGGCACAUGCGGUAUGAUUGGCAGUGACGACGUCCUCGCCUGCUUCAUCGCCGGUAACGCCUUUACGUGGGACGACUGGUUCCGCCUUGAGACCGAAGACGAUUCGUUCCAGCCGACGAUAGACAUGCUUCUGAACGUGACCAUAUUCAUGUGGUACGGGGCUGUCCUGCCCUGGAACGAAUUUCUUCACAACAACGUUAUCCCCAUCUAUCGUCUGAUUCCGCUGGGAAUUCUCGUGCUGAUGUUCCGGCGCUUGCCGUUCGUCUUUGCGAUUCACAGGGUUAUUCCGCAGAUCGAGGAGGUGAAGCAGGCCAUCUUUGUGGGCUUCUUCGGGCCCAUUGGGGUGUCGGCCGUCUUUUAUCUCUACGUCACUCUCGAAUUCAUCCACACGUUGAACGAGGGCGAAGAGCCGCGCGCAGAUGUCGCUCACAUGGGCGAGGUAGUCCGAGUCGUUGUUUGGUUUCUGGCCGUCUGCAGUAUCGUGGUCCACGGGCUGAGCAUUCCGCUUGGAAAGCUCGGCUACUACGCCCCUCGGACGCUGUCCAGGGGCGUAUCCUUCAUGAGCGGGGACGGCGACGAACCGCGGUCCUUUCGUGUCCGCGGGAGGGUUGCGUUCCCGUUCGGCCGGUCCAGGUCUGUAGCAUCCAACGGUGUCGCGGACGCCGAGUCCGGAACGCCGUCCGAGACAGAAACGAGCCGGGCUGUCUAUAGAAUCGGCGGGUCCAUCAUCCCCCGUCAGCAGGGCCAGUCGGGUACGUCGACGCCUAAGCGGCUCGAUGAACCGGCCCAGCGAUCAGGCCCUGAGGAUGGAGUUCUUCAGACUGAGGUGGCUGAUCGGCGUGAGGCGUCAGCGCCACAGGCACCUGAGCUGCCAAGCCGUACUAUUCGGUUUCCCGAUGAGACGCCUGCCCCUCAGGGAUCUCCCCGCGAGUUGUAG